GGAGAGUGAGAAAGUUCUCUCACUCCUCUGUUGCUUGCUGUCUCCCACAUUCCCUCAGACACCUUUCUAUUUAACUUAUCUCAGGAGCCACCAGUGCCCCUGCUAAUAGGCGUUAACAGGUACUGGCAGUGUUUUUUAUUUUUUUUAUUUCAACCUUUUACGUUUUUUUUUUUCUUUUUGGGGACGCAAGGUUUCCAGCCCCGGCUCGUUCAGGACUUCGGGUGCUAUCCUGCUGGAGUGACUCGACCAAGUUUCUCCCCCACCUCUAUUCUUGCCUGAGGAAUGAGAGGAGUGCCGGAGAGGAAGAGCCGAAACUCGCAUGUUUGAAAUGAACAAAAGAACAGAAAGCGAGGGUAUUGCCGCCGAAAUGGAGGAUAAUAUUCUACCGGGAGCAACAUCUCCCUUCUCGGAUCUGAAAACAAAUCCUACAAGGCCGGAUCCGGAGGGGGAGAGCAGCCCCCCGAAGACAGAAAGCAUCACCCAGAGAAUGGAGUCGCCAGCUAAGAAAGAUACAGACCAGAAACUGACCACUCCGACAAUAUCUGACAUCAUCCCUCGAUCGCCAGGGUCGCCUGCAUCACCUCUCCCCAGGACGAAAAGGAAGGAAGACCUCAUCAAGUCAGAGGAUAGGCAGAAGCUUGCCAAGGAGCGGAGGGAAGAAAAGGCCAAAUAUCUCGAAGAGCUCAGCAUGUUACAAGCUACUAAAAAGACGCAGUGGCUGGAGAAGGAGGAGAAGGCUCGGCAGCUGAGGGAGCAGCAGCUGGAGGAGCGCCGCAGGAAGCUCGAGGAACAGAGGAUCAAGGCGGAGAAGAGGAGAGCUGCCCUGGAGGAGAGACAGAAACAGAAGCUGGAGAAGAAUAAAGAACGCUAUGAGGCAGCCAUCCACAGAUCAACCAAGAAGACGUGGGCAGAAAUCCGCCAGCAAAGAUGGUCCUGGGCCGGAGCGCUAAGCCAGAACUCCAGCCAGAAAGAAAGCAGAUGCUCUUUGUCGACGGUCAACCUGCCCAAACACGUGGACACUGUUAUAAACAAGCGACUGUCCAAGUCCUCCGCCACGCUCUGGAACUCCCCCAGCAGAACCCGCGGCCUUACGCUCAGUCCAUGGGAGAGCAGUAUUGUGGACCGCCUGAUGACACCAACGCUGUCUUUCCUCGCAAGGAGCCGCAGUGCUGCCAGUGUCCUCACAAACGGCAAAGAUGGUCACUCUCCUCUCUGCCCCCGUUCGGCCUCAGCCAGUCCCCUCACCUUGUGCGCCCACCAGCCCCACCGCCGCUGCUCCGACCGCUGGAGGGUGACGUCCAGCACGCCAGACAUCACGCAGCGCCAACACAGACGGAGCUCCACACCCAUGGAUAAAAACAAGAAAGAAAAGAAAGAUAAGGAGCGGGAGAACGAGAAGGAGAAAAGUGCUCUCAGUAAAGAGAAGGUGCUGAAGAAGAGACAGUCUCUCCCCAGUAUGAGACACAGAACUGAUCCCAGUCCUAGUCCUCUAUCAAGACAACGGCCGUCAUCCCCUGCCACGCCUAAAGGCAGAACAGCCUCACCCAGCCCUGCUGCCUCCCCUAAGCCUUCAUCCACACGUGGAAGCCCCUCCCCUAAGCCUUCAUCCACACGUGGAAGCCCCUCCCCUAAGCCUUCAUCCACCCGUGGAAGCCCAUCCACCCCUAAAAGUCGGCCGAAAAGAGCCAGGACCCCUGCCAGGAUAGACCCCCGUACAUCCUCCCCCGCCCCCCUUGAAAGAGUGAAGGAGCCUCGCAGGCCCGCAACCCCUGAGGAGAGAAAGGGUUCUCCUCUGGUUCCUGCUAUCGUAGUAGCCACGGCUGCCUCCUCCCCUCACGCAUCGAGCACGACAGUUACUACCGCUGCAGCCUCCUGCUCACCUGAGCCGGCUCAUUCAGCUCCUUCUGCAGCAUCACCCGCACCCUCUCCAUCAGCCAAGCCCAUGGCAGGCACCAAUGACGCAGAGGAGGCGGGUCGCAUCCUGACAGAGAGACGCAGACAGGCCCGGGAGCAGAGGGAGAGGGAGGAGCAGGAGCGACGUGAACAGGAGGAGAAAGACAAGAUCCUGCGAGAGGAGCGGAUAGUGAGGGAGGCAGAGGAGAGGCGGCUCCGGGAGGAAGAGUCCCGUGCUAUGGCCGAGGAGCAACAGAGGAGGGACGAAGCCCAGCGCCUGCAGGACGAGAAAGAAGCUCAGGAGAGAGCCAAGGCCGAGCAGGAGGAGAACCUGCGCCUGCAAAAACAGAAAGAAGAGGCUGAGGCUAAAGCGCGGGAGGAGGCAGAGAAGCAGCGUCUGGAGAGGGAGAAACACUUCCAGAAGGAGGAGCAGGAGAGGCUGGAGAGGAAAAAGCGUCUGGACGAGAUCAUGAAGCGGACACGCAAGACAGAUGGCGGCGACAAGAAAGAAACAAAGUCUUCCCCGCCCACGAAUGGCAAUGAUAAAGAGGCAGAGAGCAGCAAAGCCUCUGCUGAAUAUCCGCCAAAGCCAGAGGUCAACCUGCCUCACAAGACAGACAACGGACAAACCAAUGGCAAAGAAAGCAGCCCCUCGCUUCCAGUGGUCAAUGGGGUCCAGCCUACAAGACAUGAAAACGGUCUGUCCACUAAAGGAGACACCGCCCACUUUGGGGAUAUCCUCCAUCUCACAAAUCAUGGCAACACCACCAACGGAGCGCGGGAUAACUCUGAAAGCAGCAUGGACUCUGAUCCCAUCCUGUCGUUUGAAAGUGAGGAUUCAUUCCUGAAAAAGGCCGGCCCCAUGAAGCCUCAGCACGUUGCAGAGGUCCUGUGACAUGUUCCUGUGCUGAAGCGCUCGUCACCUUUUAGGCCGCCGACCUCUCCCAGCCCUGCCGACGCUCACAUGGGGACUCCUGUGACCUGUGCCAAUCAACCACCCUUUUUUUUUUAUUUUCUAAGCCCCUGAAAGCAAACAUACUUCUCUCUGAAGAUGAAUCGGGCUGCAGAAAGUGACAAACCAAGCAUCAGGAGACAAGAAGACAAAACAGGAUGCAGCGUUAGUGAAGAUCUUUGUGGCAGAAAUCCCAUGCACCUCAAUAAGUGUCGGCAUCAUACUUUGUACUUUAAGGUACAGCUGUGUAAUUUUGAUUACAAUAAGCUGAAGCGUUUGUUUUACUUUGUUCUUUAGUUAUUUAACUGAAAGAGAAAUAUAAAAGACUGGGUACAUUUUUGUGAAUAAUGUAAAUUAACUGUGUGAUGGACAGAGGACGGCUAAUCUGACGAUUGAAGGUGUAUGAAAGGGAGUCAUUUUAUGCUACUCUUAGUAGAAAGCCAGGUAUUGAACCUCCUGGUGUGUAUAAAGCCACAUGUAACAGUUUUUUGUAAAGUUGAACCGAGAAAUCACAGAAGGAGAUUUGAAAUGUACAUUCACACGCAGCAGCUUCGUAUUAUGUGUAAACAUACCGUCUGCUCAAACCUCAGCUUUGAUUGAUUGUAUGCAGAACUGGAUGUAAAAAUGAGAACGCAACAACGACGAUAAAGAAACCAGAAGUCUUCAAAGGUGAUGCUCCUUAAAAACAGAGAUGUACUCCACUAUUUAACAGGUAAACACUGUUUGAUUUCACAUGUGCAAGCAUGACACUGUCUUCUCUCGUGUGCAUCGAGAUUCCAUGGACUCAUAUGUGUUUGAAAUGCUGGUGCGUGUAUAUGCUAUAAUUAUUUUGAUGUGCGUUACAAGGUCAGUGGGAGUAUUUUAAGUCUUAUUAAAGACAAGCUGUCCAGUCA